AGCAAGCAAGGAAGAUCGCUCUCAGAAGAACACUUUCGCUACCACUACUGUAAGGCGAUAGUCAGACCUACUACUCCCAACUGCUUUUCUACAGCAUAUUAUACAUGCAAAUACAUCGAAGUCGCAAGUUUUCUUGAAAAAUAAAACAAGACAAUUGAACUACCUUGAUUUUUGGUUGUAAUUGGAGCGGCAUCUAUAGGAGUGAGAUGGAUGUUAUUCCUAUGUGCAGCAUCUUUCAGGAGCUCCAGAUUGUACAUGACACCGGAUACUUUUCAGCUUUACCAUCUCUUGAGGAGUACUGGCAGCAGGUAUUUAUAUUUGAUCAUUUAUGAAUAAUCCUAUUUUGAUAUGGAAACACUCUAAAAUGAGUGACAAAUAAUGCUAAUGUAUGUACAUCGCCAUAAACUUGUCCGCAACCCCAGGUUGCUGUCAGUGAACAUGUAAGCAGUCAGGAAUGCAGAACAUACCUAAGUGAUGCAGAACAACAAAAAAGUUGUACUAUUGUAAUAAACUUGUAGUACAUUCUUGACACAUAGUUUAAUGGACGUAAGCCUAUUAAUACAUGUGCACGCAUGUUGCAAUUAUAUACAUUAGUUACAAUGUAUUAGCCUAAUCGAAUGAAUGAACCAAGACGCAACAUUUUUUAUAUUCCGUUCUGUAGACAGCGUAUGCCGUUCAUUCUAGUGAAGAGAGUUGGUGUGUGUAUGUGUGAACGUGCGUGCGUGUGUGUGAGAGAGAGCAAGAGAGACGAUCAUAUUCGGAAUUACCGGAGAAGAGUAGCCUAUGUGCGUCUUUUUCAACAGAUUUUGUUCAAAAUUCCCACUAACUCACAGUCAUGUUAUAGGAAUUACAUAAUAGUCGAGAAACUAUGUUUGUUUUUUUGCUGGGUGAUUUAAAUAAAUAGGCUACACUACACGUAGUUUCCCUUGGAUAUGCGGGCUUGGGGCCAAGUUCCCUCUCCAUGCCCUGAGGCAUUUAAAGCUCGCCAGAGAUGCAUUCUGCCCUAUUGAAAAUAAAUGUUUGCAAUGAAUACAAAGUAUUGCCUCACUAAUAACGUUUUUAGGUUUGCCAGAAAUAUAUUACAUAACAACUGACCCUGUAAUUGUGGGUUUAAUUUGUUUUCUAUACCCAUUAUAGUUUGGAAUUAAUUAUUUGGAAUGCUAGAUGCAUGACAUAGUUUUUAAUAUACUGUAGUUAGCAUCCACUGUCUGAUUGUCAAGCUUUAAGGAAGUGUCCUUACUUCCUUUUUAGAAGCCUAAAAUAACUCUUGCAGUAUGAAACUCUUGCAGUAUUCAUACAUAAAGCUUUUUGUGGACCUGCUUGAACCAGACCUACCUCCUCCAUUCCCUUGUGUGCUAUGUUAUUUAUAGCUAUGCCACUGGAUGCAUUAUUAAAUCCAACUUAUGCUGAAUAAUUGAAACAUUUAAAAUAUCUACAAGCACUUCCCUAACCAACAGGGGGGCUCUGUCGCAUAUGUAAACGUGAUCACUGCGCAUGACUACAGCUAUGUCGUGGAAAGAGCACCGCCACCAUCCGAGGAAGUGUGUUUACAUGUAACCUUCCCUGAUCUAAUCUACUUCUCAAAAGGUAACCUACUCCCUAUAUAGUGCACUACUUUUGAGCCCUGGUCAAAAGUAGUGCACUACAAAGGGAAUAGGGUGCCAUUUGGGAAGCAGCCAUAGAGUCUCAGAGGACACCCAUUACAUGCACUCCACUGCCCUCAGAAUAGUACAUUGUGUAUAUGUACCGUAUACUGUGGGUAGUUUUUAUUCCUAGCUCCUACAUGCUGUACUCAUUCUCCUCUCCUUCAUCAGACAUGUCUGGAGUUGGAGCGGUACCUCCAGAGCGAGCCCUACGUCUCGGCCACAGACAUCAAGUUUGAGACGAGCCAGGAGGACCUCUGGAGCAAACUGAUCCUGGCCUGCGGGGACAAGGCCGAGUCCGACCCAAAGAUCCACACUCACAUUAAGGAGGAGGACAAUCAAGAGGCCAACAGCUUUAACUCCGAUUCAAGCAGUGAGGCGUCCGACAGCUCCGAGGAGCUCUCCCCUCCCCUCGACUUCACCUCCAACCCACUGAGUGACAUUAUGGGAGAGGGAGAGGACCUGAGUUCCAUGGUUAUCAGCACUCCGCCAUCUUCUCCUGAGGUGAGCAAGGAGGCCCCCUCCAUAUCCUCCCAGGUGUGGAGCGGUAUACAGGCAGUUAUGCACUCGCCUGGGAAAAUACGGACAGGGGGCAUUGGUGGACGAACGGUGGAGAGGGGAAGCUUAGCCAAUGGGGAGGCUUCUCCGGACGGGAGGAGGCGGGUCCACAGGUGUCAUUUCAACGGAUGCCGAAAGGUUUACACGAAAAGUUCUCACUUGAAAGCACACCAGCGUACACAUACAGGUAAAUUGUUGAUUGCGUACAGGUAAAUGCAUAACCCCACAGCAACUCCUCCCAAACAAGUGUAUACUGUAUAUGGAUAGAAAAGAGCAGAAGCUCUGAGCUAUCUAACCAGGCCCCAGUCUUAGUAGUAAUAUUAUACAGGUAAAGCAAGCUAGUCCAGAGAGUGGAGGUGGGUGUUGUUACCCACAUACUAAUGCUGCUGUCACAAGACAUCCAGACCUGCUCGUUAUGAUGUCAUCAGUGUUCUGAAUCGGCAGCCAUUUACUUUACAUAGAACAUUCAGAAGAUGAUUCCGUUUCGGGAGGGACUAAAUUUAAACCUCAAACAAUUACAUUUUAAUAUGUUUACAAGAGAGUCUUUGUUUUUUAGUUAAUUUAAUGAAAUUGCUCUCUGCAUUCUUGGGAUAGUUCGCUAGUACGUAAUGUCUAAACUGUGACCUAAUUCACACAGCAGCAGCAGUGACUUCACGUUGAAUGGGGGAGGGAAGACAUAACAAACUUUUGUGGGCAUGGCCAAGCCAGCCAUAGAGGAUGUGGACUAGAUCUUGAAAACAGAUCACAUUUCACCAUGGGAAAAGAAAAUGACUGAAUCGUUUAAGUUUAAAGUGCGGUGGGAAUUUUACAUUUACUGUUAUUCGUUACUGAGUUAUGUGAGCGGUUUCCUUCGUCACCUCUGACCUCGGCUUGUCAAGCUCUUUACAGCUGUCUUGCACAUUAGCAAGGCUCCACAUUCCAAGCAAACUGUUACCAGAGAUAAUGUAAUUUUCACCAUUAGAAAUCCCAUACAUUUAUCCCUUCUCACCCAGCCACUUCAAAAGCACUAUGUCUGCUUGUUCAACUACUUUUAAGCAGUACACCACAGCUCAUAUUUACAAGUUGUAUUACUCUAUCUACUAAUAUGUAGCACUUAUAGUGUGUUAUGUCUAUUUCUAAUUUGGAAACAAUGGAGCACUGUCCUUCAUGCUGUCAAUUGAUACUCAGUAAUAACAUAAUUUGUUUUCUGUUUGCAGGUGAGAAGCCUUACAGGUGUUCAUGGGAAGGCUGCGAGUGGCGUUUUGCACGAAGUGAUGAGCUAACCAGACACUUCAGGAAGCACACUGGGGCAAAGCCAUUUAAAUGCAGUAACUGUGACAGGUAAGAGAAGUGUUUAGGGAUGGAUUUAUCUAUUGUUUGUUUUCAUUAUUUUAUUGAGGAAGAUUGUAAAUGUCAUGAACACUUGUGAAUGUUUGGGCAACUAAGGUAAACCCAUGCACCUGAAAUAUUGACUUAGGGGACUUGAAUAUCACAGCUGUUAUAUUAGUAUUAGUACCUAUUCUAAAAACGCUGUGCCUGAUAUGCUCUCUUUCUCCUCAUAGGUGUUUCUCUCGUUCGGACCAUUUGGCGCUUCACAUGAAGAGACACAUCUAAGCGGUGGGCCCCAGAGCAGAGGAGAGCAGAGCGGUGUUGAGCGAUGGUCCUGACUGUCUCCUAACCUGUCUGUGGGGAGGCUGCAGUGCCCUGAGAGGGGAGGAAGGGGAGCGAGGGGAGCGUGCUCCAGUGAAAAGCAUGCAGGCCAUUUUUGCACCAUACUUAGUGCCUCCAAGACCUCUCAGAGGAAAGGGCUCUGAAAGGUCGACACAUUCUAACCACCAUGGAUGAAGGAGAAUGAAGAGAUCCACUAGAGAGCGAGAAGAAAGAAUAUGUCUGAGAGGACAAGAAAAAACUUUUUUUUUCUCUGUAUGGUGUCUGAUGCUUUGUGGAGUUAGUUCCUGGUCUGAACAUAUGCAGCGGUACUACUCCAAUAAACGUAUGUUGUUUCCUGUGAGCAUGUGGACUGACUGACUGUGAGCCUGCUGUCAGACUGCCUGAGACUGGGUGCCUGUCUAAGAAUGCCUGUGACUGGGUGCCUGCCUGUGGAUGUACGACUCCUGAGUGGGUGGCUUGUGUUGUGACCUGAAUGGUGUUGAGGGGAUGAUGAGUUUUUGACUGGGGUUUUAUUGUCUCGUUGUGGUCAUGAAUGAAUGCAAGCAAAGGUGUUGUUGUGCUGUUGUCUGGAGCGUUGGUUGAGUCUAGGCUGGGUUUGGCGGUGUGUGUGUCCCGGCCGUCAGUUUGAUGGAGAGCGCCACCAUCUGAACGGAGUUGGUACAUGCUCCUAAACGAGGUGUAAGGAGGGGAGGGGGGUUGAUGUUUGGUGCAGCUAUUAAAUGUGCAAUGUAUUAAGUAGCUUGUCUCAAAGUACAUGCUACAAAGCUCAUUUGUUGUCCAUUGUGUAAGCUCAGUAUCUAAAGGCUGUACACAACAUUGAUAUAUCAUUAUACCAGAAGUUGCAUGAUCUUGGGUUUGUUUGUCACUCGAUUAGGCCUACUUAUAAUGAAGGCAAAUCCCAAUAAUGAGCAGCUAUGCAUCCAUUGUACUCCGUAGAUACCACAGUAUUGUACAGAAACAUAAAGCAGUGAUUUAUUUGUUUCCUUCUUUUGUUUUGUAUGUUUGGAGAUACCACUAUUGCUUGGCAACUGUGUUGAUCAUGGGAUAGUUUAUUUAUAGUCAGUUUAAGAACUAAUUUCUUUAUUUUUGUUCUCUUGUUCUAUAUCUGUAAAUACACUGUGACCUUAAUGAUGCCUUAUGUAAGUGGCCUUGUCCAGAUAAAUAGAUCACUCACGGGGGGGGGUUGAAAUGCAGUAGUGUGUGAUUGAAUAGCUUUAUUAAGGCUCCGAUUCAUAUGGUUGCACCUUUUGCCCUUGUCUAGAAACGAUGGUUGGUCUGAAGACUCUUGAAUAAAAGUUCAGCUUUAUACUUCUUGACAUUUCUGUGCUUCAUUUGUCAACAUACAUACUGUAUCUAUCUAUCCAGACAAAAAUCAUGUUUUGAAAAUUAUCCUUGAUCUGAGACAGAAUUGUAGAAGCACUUCAAACAAUAUAAUUUUAAAAGGUUUACUACUGUGUAGUAGUAUAAUGUGGUAUGUUAUGCACUUCAAAUGGAAUGUGUGACGGUGAAUUCCUUUCGAAAGUAUAGAGUCUCUUGGUUGGUUAUGGGGUUGAGUUCUCGUGACAUGUGAUCUGCUCGGCCACCAAGGCCAUGAUAAAUUAAGACUUAUUGCAAAUAACCCAUUCUGGUCAGGCCAUGGCAUGUUAGUGUCUGUUGAACUGUUAAAGGCUUACCUGACAUGAGUGCUCUCAAACUGACAGUGGAUGUGGAUGCUUUUUUCUUACUGACCUGGAUGGACUGCCUUGUUUUAACCCUAUACCAUUGUACAGUACAGUUGAUCUGGUCAACAGCACUGUCGAAAGGUCCCCUUUUAAAAUAUACAUUAUGGAUAUCGAAACCAUGCAAAAGAUAUGUGUUGUUUAAAAAUAGAGUUUUUGUAAAGAAGCUUAUAUUUUUCAGGGUACGGGACCCAGUGUAUGUUUCUAAGAAAAACAAGAAAGACAAGAAUACCGAUUUAGCUUGGGUGAGUAUCAAUGGCCCAAUAAACUGAAAACAAACAACGUAUUGUUCACUUCUACAGUGUCCGAGAAGGAUUUCCAUUUUUUAGCUUAGAUGGGGACUGAUUCAGCAGAGAGAAAUGAAAAACUCUUAAUGUUGAAGGGAUUACACACUGAACAGCUUUCUGUAAUCAAAAUCAAAACAGCAGUUUUGUCAGCCUAUAUUACUUCAGCCAAUGUGAGGUGUUAGACAGGCCACAUAUUAGUAGGUUAUGUAAUCCGCCAUUUUUUUCUAUCACACAAACGUAGAAAAAUCUGCGGAAAAGGCCCUAUCUUUAACUAAAGAGUUUCUUUAUUAUAACAAAGU